GUGGUUCAUGGCUCGGGGUCCCAAGAAGCACCUGAAGCGUGUAGCAGCUCCAAAGCAUUGGAUGCUGGAUAAAUUGACAGGAGUCUUUGCUCCCCGUCCAUCAACAGGUCCCCACAAAUUGCAGGAAUGCCUUCCACUCAUUAUCUUCCUUAGGAACAGACUCAAGUAUGCCCUGACAGGAGAUGAGGUCAAGAAGAUCUGCAUGCAGAGGUUCAUCAAGAUUGAUGGAAAAGUCCGCACUGACAUCACCUAUCCUGCUGGCUUCAUGGAUGUCAUCAAUAUUGAGAAGACAGGUGAGCACUUCCGUCUGGUAUAUGACACCAAGGGUCAUUUUGCAGUUCACCGCAUCACAGCUGAAGAGGCCAAGUACAAGCUGUGCAAGGUGAGGAAGAUAUUUGUGGGCACUAAAGGAACUCUGCAGUGUACCUGGAUUAGUACCUGCUGUGCUAAUUUACAAACUGGAUCAGAGUGGUUUGUGAACAAUUUGUCUAUUUUUUUUGUCCUCUGUGCAUUCUGA